UGGACUCAAUUCUCUCCGCCCCUACAACCCCGGGAGAUUUAAAUUGAACCCCGCUAACGUUGACUGUCCUGAAGAACUGUUUUUGAGUGAAGUAUUCGCUUCUCCUUGCUUCUUUCUCGCGUUGUUGCUCUUGAGUUUUGUUUCCUUUCGGCUGGAAAUGGAGCGCGGUGUGCCAGCGGUUGGAGCAUGACAGGAGGGUUUCGUGCUUAUAAUCCCAGCACUUGGAAGACUGAGAUAAAAGAGUCACCGUGAGUUUGAGGACAGCCUGCACCACAUAGUGAGUUCCAGAUCGCCGUGGGCUCGAGUGAGACCCUGCUUGAAGAAGGAGGAGAACGAGCUGCAGAAACUGCUUCCCCAGAACGGAGGUGUGUGAAAUGUCUUCGUCCUCUAGGCUAGAGAUGGUAAGUGUGGAAGUCACCACAGAGCCUUGUCAUGCCAGGUGGGAAGUUGAGACAGAUGAAGUGGUCCUGCGGCGGCGGCAGAAGCAGAUAGACUACGGCAAGUGCACACCUGGGUACCAGAACUUUCUGCAGCAGGUCCCCAGGGCACAGCGACAGCCGGGUUUUCACCCUCAAACACCAAACAAAAACAGGAGGUACAGCCGCCGAUCCUGGGAUGCCCAGAUCAGGCAAUGGAGAAGAGCCCUGCACACCUGGGACCCCCCAAGCCAGCCUCUCCAUGACAGACAGGCUGAGGGGAAGGCAACAAAGAACUUCCUAAAGUCAGAGGAUUCUACUCCUUUAGAUGACCUCCUGGAUAACUGGCCCCAGGACCCAGAAUCCUCAGAGAAUUGGGACAGAGUCAAGAAAGAGGCCCAGUUUGCAUACUUGAAGGUUCUCGAUUCCUCCCCUCCGGAGCUCAAAGAUGACGAUCUCCAUCACUAAGACUACUACUGUUUACCUAUCCCAGAUGAGGGGGGACUCAAACUACUCAGAGUAAACAUUUGAUUUUUAGGGAUUUGCUGCUAUAACUGUAAUAAUGAAAUGGCUGGAAUUACCACUUUCUAACAGAUUAAAAACGGAAUCUGAAACUCUGCCUUACAGUGAUCUGAGCAUGAAAGCAUUUAUUGAAAACUUUUUUCUCAGCUGAGACCUCCAGUUUACAGCAGAAGAGCCAGGAACCUCUAUGGGCUUUCUUCCCUACUUACAUCAACAUUCAGUCUAUUGAAAAAGGACUUAAAACUUUGGUUGAGGUGGGAGGUGGUGAGAAUGGUGCAGACUUAAUAAAAAGGAGGUUUCCAGCUCCUGAAGAAGAAAUACAA